ACCCCUCUCUCUCCUACGCCAUUUCCUGCCACUACCUCUCCAAUUUACGAGACUUUUCGGUGGUAAAAGAAAAUGUGUUUUGAAUGUCAACACGAAAAAUACUGACAACAUUUGCUGUGAGUCCUCAAGUUGCAAAUGUGUUUACCGACAAUGUGGAAACACCGCCCUUUUUAACUUGCAAACAGCAGUGACCGUUUCAUCAGCAGGCAGCUCUUCCAUCAGGGGAGGAGCGUGCACAUGCAGAGCCCACCUCUGCUCAAGUAUUUGUGUGAUAAACGCAGGAAUAACGGGUUAAAUAAGAUGAUCAAAACUCAAUAGAAGACGUUAAACAGGGUUAGCACAAACAGGACAAGCCAAACAGGGAUUUCUGGAAUUCAGUAAAGACACUACACUGACCAUGCUGCUACGAAGGCUGACCCUGUGUUCAAGGAACCAUUUGGAUUACCGGAGAAGAGUAUGUGGGUUUCUCACCAGACCAUUGACACAAGUUCCCAAGGGGAGGGCUCAUGGGAGCUCCUUUGCACACCGCGGGGAACUGCGCCAGGCCAAGAGGAUCGUGGUGAAGCUGGGCAGUGCUGUGGUCACCCGUGGGGAUGAAUGUGGCUUGGCUCUGGGGAGGCUGGCCUCCAUUGUGGAGCAGGUGGCCAUGCUGCAGAAUCAAGGCAGGGAGAUGAUGAUUGUCACCAGUGGAGCAGUGGCCUUUGGCAAGCAAAGAUUAAGACAUGAGAUCCUGCUGUCCCAGAGCGUCCGGCAGGCGCUGCACUCGGGACACAAUCAGCUCAAUGACAUGUCGGUGCCGGUACUGGAGGCCCGGGCCUGUGCUGCUGCUGGACAGAGUGGGCUGAUGGCGCUGUAUGAGGCCAUGUUCACCCAAUACAGCACCUGCACUGCACAGGUCCUGGUUACAAAUCUGGAUUUCCAUGAUGACCAAAAGAGGCAGAAUCUGAACAGCACGCUGCAGGAGCUGCUGCGUAUGAACAUCGUGCCCAUCAUCAACACCAACGACGCUGUGGUGCCCCCGCCGGAGCCCAACAGCGACCUGCAGGGGGUGAUCAGCAUUAAGGACAACGACAGUCUGGCGGCACGGCUAGCUGUGGAGAUGAAGGCUGACCUCCUCAUCGCGCUGUCUGACGUGGAAGGACUGUACGACAGCCCCCCUGGGACAGAUGACGCCAAGCUCCUUGAUAUCUUCUACCCUGGGGACCAGCACACCAUCACAUAUGGCACAAAGUCCAGAGUUGGGAUUGGAGGCAUGGAGGCCAAGGUCAAGGCUGCCCUGUGGGCUCUGCAAGGUGGCACCUCAGUGGUUAUCGCCAACGGCACCCACCCUAAAGUAACGGGUCAUGUGAUCACUGACAUUGUGGAGGGCAAGAAGGUGGGAACCUUCUUCUCCGAGAUAAAACCUGCAGGCCCAACUCUGGAGCAUCAGACACAAGUGGCACGUAACUCUGGAAGAACGCUGGCAUCUCUGCACCCAGACAAGAGGAGUGAGAUCAUCUGCCAUCUAGCAGAGCUGUUGACUGAAAGACAGGAAGAGAUUCUGGCUGCCAAUAAAAUGGACAUGGACCUGGCUGUAAAUACAGGCCUUUUGCCAGCAGCCAUGCUGAAGCGACUGAGUUUAUCUUCUGCCAAACUGAACAGCCUGGCCCUCGGCCUGCAUCAGAUCGCUGUGGCUGCCCAGGACAGUGUGGGUCGAGUGCUGCGCAGAACCAGGGUGGCUCACAACCUGGAGCUGGAGCAGAUCACUGUGCCUAUUGGAGUUCUUCUCGUUAUCUUUGAGGCCCGACCCGACUGUCUGCCACAGGUGUCAGCAUUGUCAAUAGCUUCUGGCAAUGCCCUCCUGCUGAAGGGAGGCAAGGAGGCUGCCAACAGCAACCGAGUCCUCCACCAGCUCACCCAGGAAGCCCUUUCCAUGCACAGAGUUAAAGAGGCAGUACAGCUGGUGAGCACUCGUGAGGAGGUUGAGGAUCUCUGCCGACUGGACAAGAUGAUCGACUUGAUCAUCCCUCGAGGUUCAUCUCAGCUGGUGAAAAACAUUCAGCGGGCGGCAAAGGGGAUCCCGGUGCUGGGUCACAGCGAGGGAAUCUGCCAUGUGUACGUCGAUUCAGAAGCCAGCGUUGACAAAGUCAUCAAAAUUGUCCGAGACUCCAAGUGCGACUACCCGGCUGCCUGUAAUGCGAUGGAGAGUCUGCUGAUUCACAGGGACAUCCUCAGGACUCCACUGUUUGACCAGAUCAUUGACAUGUUUCGCACUGAACGGGUGAAGAUUCAUGCAGGCCCCCGCCUUGCUUCCUACCUGACAUUCAGCCCAUCAGAGGCAAAGUCCCUGCGGGCGGAGUACGGUGACCUGGAGUGCUGCAUGGAGGUGGUGGACAGCAUGCAGGAGGCCGUGGACCAUAUUCACAAGUAUGGCAGCUCCCACACAGACGUCAUCAUCACAGAGAACGAGGACACAGCAGAGCGGUUCCUGCAGCUGCUGGACAGCGCCUGUGUUUUCUGGAACGCAAGCUCACGUUUCGCAGAUGGCUACCGCUUUGGACUGGGAGCGGAGGUUGGAAUUAGCACCGCUCGUAUCCACGCCCGGGGCCCUGUCGGCCUGGAGGGGCUGCUCACCACAAAGUGGGUCCUGAGAGGGGACGGGCACACAGCAGCAGACUUCUCUGAGCAGGGUACCAUGAAGUACCUCCAUGAAAAGCUGCCUGUUGGGCAGCCUCUUGCUGGGCAGCGGGACAGCAACUAGACCACAGAACACUCACAACACUCACUUGGCCUUAACAUUAUUCCAAAUGGUUUGCAUUGCCCAGCAGCAGCUCUGUCUGGGAAUGAGUUGCAGGUGAUGGCUGAUGUCACUGUUUUACAUUUUUGAAGCACACAGCAUGGAGAGAAACUUACCACACCAAUAGUCCAUUUCAUCAGCACAAGCAGAACGUUGUUCAGACUGUUACUGAGAGUUAACAAAUGUUUUAAAGUCUACCUCAGCGUAUGAUUAUAUUAUACGAGUGAAGUAAAUCACCGUCAUAGGCUGCUGCAGGAGGUGUAAUGUGGAUAUAACGACACAAUACCUUCAGAAUAGCACAUACAGUAAACAAGGGAAUUAACUGUUUUAAAGACAGCAUAAAUGCACACUACUUAUACUGAAGUGCUUGAAAUUACUAUUUUUUUCAAUAUGGAAAUCUCAGGCCGUGUUUUUAAAACUGAUACUGAAUGGCAUUACUUUUAUUCAUUAAAUGUGUAUAAAAAAAUAUUGUAAUACUAUGUGUAAUUUGUACCAAAUACAACUUAGUUAUUGUCAUAUGCACAAUUAAUUAAUUACAGAUCAUUUGCAAAGAAAAAACCUUAGAUCUCAGGUUCCUUCAAACAAUGCUAAUUAUGUUUAAAGAAACAAAAUACAUGUACGCAUACAUUACAGGUACUUAGUUUUCCAACUUCCAUAAAGCAUCCAAAAUCAUAUAUCUGGUCAAUGAUCAGCACACUUAGCAAUUCUCUCCAGCAAAUAAAAAAGGGUAUUAUGAUGAGGGGCUUGUUGUAUCUUAAAUAUCUUUAAUUUAUUUAAUAUUGUUUAUCGAGGUCAAUUUCAUGCUAUAAUUGUGCAUAAUCUAUAAAUGUGAGACCAAAUUGUAUUUAGCUGACUGCUUUCAGUGCUACCAACAAGGAUCAUACAGAUUACACUGUAAGUGCUUUCUUUGUUCAUACAGUAUAUCAUCAGUUUUUCUUUCUCUUACCGUAAUGUCAGGUUGUUUGCUUCUGAAUACACGGGUAUUUUGAUUAGAUGUGGUGCUGGUUUAAGUGAUUUCAUAAGUGAAACUAAUAACACUACAUGUUGGCAUUUAUUAUAAGAUGAAUUAUCUCAGUUUUACUGGUGUGUUUACAGAUUAUGAUUUAGUAUUAGAUGUUAAUUCCAUAAGAUAAUUAUUGUAUAAAGAACAUUGAUAUAAAGGAAACCCUAGUUGUGUUUCAUAGCAAUGAGUUUGAAUUCUUGUAUGCAUCCAUUUUAUGUUUUUUUUAUUUGAUCAUUGUUACAAGUUGUGCUCAUUUUUCCAUACUUUGCUGCUUGCCUGCGUGUUCAUUGUGCGCCCAGAGCCUCUGUCAGAGCGGGAACAGUAAUUGACAAGCUGCCUCCUUCAAGCUGGAGGGGGAAACCGCGACUGCUUUUAAAUCAAGCUUUGUUACAUUCCAGCCUCUGAGCUCCCAUCUGAUGUCUUGCAAUGCACACUUAAGGGUUGUAUAAUAGCAGUAUUGUAGAAUUAAAAAGAAAAGUGUC